AUGCUGUCCGAGGAGGAGCAAAAACGGCAGUUGUACAACCGCCAGGAGUACGUCGUAGGGUCGGAGACGCAGGCGAAAUACGGCUCAACACAUGUGCUCGUCGUCGGCGCCACAGGUCUCGGUGCAGAGAUUAUCAAGAAUGUUGUGCUCACUGGCGUGAAGAGCGUCAAGGUGCUGGACGACGCUGUGGUGGCCAUCGAGGAUCUCGGCACGAACUUCUUUUUGCAGCCGGAUGAUUUAGGAAAGUCACGUGGUGCUGCUGUGGCGCAGGCCGCCAAGGAGCUCAACCGCUUCGUUGAGGUCUCAUCCGUUAGCGGCGACCCACUCUCGCACAUCCCUGCGGUCCAUGUGGUGAUCUACACGAAUGCCUACACGUCCACCCUAGCGGCAGCGAACAAGGUGGCGCGGGAGAACAAGGUGAAGUUCAUCAGCUGCGAGAGUCGCGGUGUUUGCGGCUGCAUCUUCGUGGACGGCGGCGAAUCUUUGGACAUUGUGGACACGGACGGCGAGGACACUGUCACGUGCGUGGUGACGGCCAUGUCGCCGGAUGGUCUCGUCACGUUGCACGAGGAAAAAAACCACGAGUGUGAGAUCGGCAGCAAGGUAUACUUUACAGGUCUCACGGAGCUACCGCAGGCCAACACGACGGAGCCGGCGACGCCAUCGGCGUGGAAACUGUUCGAGGUGGCCGAGGUCAUCUCGCCACACACUAUGCGCCUGAAAGGCGUUUCCGAGCUUGUCAGCGCUGGCACAAUCAUCAAUGUCGGGACGAGCGCUUACCUGCACACUACCAAGAAGGGGCGCAAGGAGCACUACAGAACGCUGGACGAGUGUCUCGACAACCCUGAGUGCCUCAUGAUCUUUGACAAAGAGGAGAAGUACGCGGCAGCCACCACGCUGCAUGCGAUGUUCACUGCCGUUGCCCGCCACGGCUGCGCGCCAACCUCGCCGGCUGAGGUGGAGGCUGUCGUGAAGGCGGCGCAGGCCAUCAACGUCGACGCAGAGGCAACCGUCAUGCGCACGCUGUUGCCUGUCUUUGGCGGCGACCUGAACCCAAUGGCGUGCUUCAUUGGCGGCAUGGCGGCGCAGGAGGCGCUGAAGGUGUGCAGCGGAAAGUUUACACCGCUGCACCAGUGGGUGUACUACGACGCGCGUGAGGUGCUGCAGGUGUGGCAGUACGGAGCGAAGACCGUCUCUGCAUCAACUUUGUCCUCGUCGGCGGCGGUGUUCCCCGAUGUGUCGGCAGGGCCAUCACGGUAUGCCGGCCAGGAGGCCGUGCUCGGCCACGCGUUUCAGGAGUACCUACUGCAGCAGAAGGCGUUCAUCGUCGGCGCCGGCGCGCUCGGCUGCGAGCUCAUCAAGAACGUUGCUUUGAUGGGUUUCGGCGAGGUGUCCAUCACGGACAUGGACACGAUUGAGAUGAGCAACCUCUCUCGACAGUUCCUCUUCCGCAACCACCACAUUGGCCGCCCAAAGUCCGUCGUGGCAGCUGAGGUGGCCGGCCACAUCAAUUCCGAGGUGAAGAUAACGGCGUACGAGGCCAAGAUGGGACCGGAGACGGAGGGGAUCUUUAACGAGGACUUUUGGGCGCAGCAGGCGGUCAUCCUCAAUGCGCUGGACAACGUCAUGAGUCGCAAGUACGUGGACAGCCGCUGUCUGUUUUAUCAGAAGCCGCUGCUGGAGAGCGGAACGCUCGGCACGAAGUGCAACAUGCAGCCCGUUAUCCCGUUUGUGACGGAGAGCUACAGCAGCAGCUACGACCCGCCGGAGAAGGGCAUCCCGCUCUGCACGCUCAAGAACUUCCCGAACGCGAUCGAGCACACGAUUCAGUGGGCCCGCGAUUUGUUUCACUUGCUCUUUGUCAGCGUGCCGGCGGACGUGAACCAGUACCUGAGCGACCCGGUCGCCUUCGCGAACAGCCUGCGCAACGACCCGGCUGCUGCUGAUGCGGUCGUGCAGAAUGUGAACGACGCGCUCAGCCGAUGGCCCCAAAAUGAACAACACUGUGUACGGCUCGCGCGUUUUCUGUACCAGGAGCACUUCAACGACAGCUUCCGGCAGCUUCUGUACAACAUCCCGCUUGACAAGCGCAACGAGGACGGGCAGCUAUUCUGGAGCGGUGCAAAGAAGCCGCCGACGCCACAGGAGUUCGACAUCAACUCGGAACAGGACGCCGAGUUUGUCUACCACUGCGCCUGCCUCUUCGCCAAAGUGUACCAGCUGCCGGCCUUCUCGCUAUCCAAGGAGGAAACAGCAAGACUGGCGGCGGCGGUGACAGUGCCUGACUUUGUACCGCGCCACGCCGUGCUCGCCACGUCUGAGAGUCAGACAUCGCAGCAGACGUCGUCUUCGAGCGGGCUGACAGUGGAGCAGCUGCCUUCGGUUGUCCGCUUCGGCUCUCGCCGCAUGAGCGCCGAGGAGUUCGACAAGGACGACAUCACAAAUCACCACGUGCAGUUUAUCACAUACUGCUCCAACCUGCGCGCUCGAGCCUACAGCAUUCCUACUGCAGACUUCAACCAGACAAAGCGCAUCGCAGGCAACAUCAUCCCUGCCAUGGUGACAACCACGUCUCUCGUCACGGGGCUCGUCGGCUUUGAAAUGCUCAAGUACCUUCUCAUCCAGUUCCAUCACGCGCGGAAGCCCGCAGUGAAUGGGGCAGGCGGCAGCCACAACAAGUUCUACCUCGACGCGAAUGAGGAGCCCGAGAAGCUGGUAACGCUUUUUCGAAGCGCCUUUGUGAAUAUCGCUCUCCCAUUCAUUGCCUUCUCGGACCCGAUCAUCGCGCCGAGCCACUCGUACGCACUGCCGAGCGGCAAGAAGCUGCGAUGGGGCAUCUGGGACCGCAUCGACAUCUCGGAGGGUCGUGACAUGCUCGUGAAGGAGUUGGUGCAGCUACUGCACGACCGCUACGAGCUCGAAGUGUUCAUGAUUGCCCUCAAGAAUGGAAAAAUGAUCUACACCGAGUUUGGCGGGAAGGCGAAGGAUAAGGAGAAGCGUGUCUCAGAGGUUGCGCAAGACAAGGGCGAAAAGGUGCAGGACGGCAUCGACUACUUUGACCUCGUCGUCACGGGGAUGAUUGGCGACAACGACGACGUUGAUGUGCCCAUCAUCCGCUACCGCUAUCGCUUCUAA